GUGUAUUUUCUGGAUUUUACGGAAGAGAAGUUGAAGCAGCAGGAGCAGAAGUUUCAGUUUUCCGUCACGAUGGAAAGGUGAACACCGGUCGGUGGUAGUUGAGCAAACCAACUUGACAUCGCCAGAAGCAUCGAAGGAAGGAAAAAUCUCUGCAGGGGAAAAUUGUGAAAGUUUAGAAAAGUCGUUGGUUGGCGAGUUUUUUUUAUUGUGCGAUUAAAAGUGAAACAGUUGCUGGUUCCGGGAAAGUGAGUGCAUGCCGUGAAAAGCGAAGGUAAUCGCUGUUUGGAGCGAAGUUUAGUGCUUUAUGUGUGGGACGCCGCACGUGUAUAGUUUCACACGCUCCGGUUAGUGUUAUCGGUGUGUUCCGCUGCGGAAAGCACCUUAUUUAGGUCUAUCGGUUAGUAAGUGAAGGAAGCGGAAAGCACUACGGCCCACCUCGGAGAAAAGUUGUGGUGGGCCCUUUUUCCCGAAGAGAGUGCCACGACGGAUAUCAUUAGCAGUUAAGGAGAAAAGCAGCCACAACAACAUCUAACAAAGGAGGCAGCCAAGCCGUAGGAAAAAAAAAGCGCCAAACUGUUGUUCUGCGGUUGUUAUAUUUUCGAACGGGGUGCCAAAGAUAGCAGCACGGAAGGUCUCAGGAGUGCCCUAGCCCGUCUCCGCAGAUCGGGCCCACUCCCUAACCCUUCCAGUCCUGAAAAUACUGAAAGUGUCGAACGUGCGUCUUCUUCCCGAUGUCACCAGCAGCGAGGAAGAGAUAACUCCAGAUCACCGGCUCCAACACCAGCACCCCCUUCCACGCCACGCAAAACCAAAGUGCCACAUCACAGUGCAAUGACAGUGUCCGUUACGCAGCCCCAGCAACCGAUGGAUAUCGUGACGUCCUGCAGCAGUCCAAGCACGGUCGGAAAGAUUCCUCCAAUGGCCACAACGGCGGCGGCAGCGGCAGUAGGGACCACAAUGGCCGGCAGUACUUUCACCACCAGCGUCACGGUGCACAGUGCUGCCGCGCCCAACACCUGCCCGUCCAGUCCGUCGGCCCACUCGAGUGGUUCCUCCGAGGCGGACGGUGUCGUUAGCACUCCACCCUCGUCAUCCUCGUCGUCGCACACCAACCCGAGUACGGCUUUGCGGAGGUUCUACUUCCAAAAGGCUCGCAUCAGCAAAUCACCCAAAUCGGCUUCGAUUGCUGGCACUGCGCCGUCAGCCGGUGCUGCUGCUCAUUCUGGUGUGACCGCGGCAGCAGCAGCAGUGUCGUCGUCCUCGGCUGCCGUCCCGAAAGUGGUGGUCAUGGGUUCGUCCACGACGUCCGAAGCAACGAUCAACACGUCCACCGAUUCGGCUUCGACGCACGUAACCAACGUUACCACGACGACCGACACCGAGACAAACGAUUCGAUUGAUUUGGGUGACACCUCAGGGCUGAGUGACCCGCUGCUCAGCUCGCUGGACGACGAAAGCUCCAGCAUUGUGAUGAAUCAAAGCUUCGAAGAUGGCGAUGACGAAAACAUCACCGUAAUCAAUGGACCAGAUACACCGCUGUUCAUCAGCUACCAGGAACUCGAGGACCUCUCGCCGAAAACCUCCCCAAAGCCCCGUACUGCCCCCGUUGCUUCGACGACCCGUUUCCCGUUCGACCCGCCCAAGUCGCCGAAAAGUGGCCGCAUGCCAGUGUCGUCGAGAGCUAGUAGUCACGAACCGAUGUUCAACUUUGACGAUUCGCCCAACCCAAUCCGGCGGCUACCGCCUAAGGUUUCCCCUUCCGACUACCCCAAGGAGCGAUCACCCAGCAGGGAUGCCAACAAGGAGAACCGUCCCAAGGUGGUGGAAAUGUCGGCAACGCCCGCCAAGCGAAGCAGCCCGUACAAAUCUCGGAAAGAUCGAUUCAUGCAACAGCAGCAACAUCAGCAACAGAGUGGAAAACCUUUGAACUCAGCACCUGCUGUCAGCUGCGCCAAAGGUCAAAGCUACAACGAUCCCAACAUGACCAUGUUUCCGUUCGAUCGCGAAGCAAUCGACUACGAUCGAAUCCAGCGCGAGUGCUUCGCCGUCGAGGAGGAAUAUCCGUACGAACACGACCGCGAAGACUACUGCGAAUCGCCCUCGAAGACGAUGAUGGAGUCGGAGAUCUUCACCGAACAGUACUCGAUCUUCCAGCAGUACGCUUAUCUGACCCAGCAGGAGCGGGACGCGCUGGAGAAGACUCCCCCUAAGCGUGGCAAAAAGGAUCGCAUCGAUGCAUUCUCGCCGAAGAAGAAAAUCCCCAGCCAGCCUGGGGCUGUGUCGCCUCAGCGAAUGUCCAAGUUCGAUCAGAUAGCCACCAAGUUUGACAUGAUGCCCUCAAAGUACGACAGUUCCUCGAAAGGACGAACGAAAAUCAGCACCGGAUGUGGGCUUCCAGAUCUACGGGUUGAUUAUUUUGCCGAAACAUCCUGCUGUGCCGAUGAACUGCUGACUACGUCGUCGUCAUCGUCAUCGUCGGGGGCAGGAGCUGCGUCGUCGUCGUCGGCUUCGGGGUCUUCCGAGGGAAAAACGCAUGCGUCAGGCGGUUCGGCCGGUCCGCGAUCGGUCGAAGUCGUUGGAGCAGGCGCACUGGCCAGCGGCCCUAUAAAUGUUACACCCAAUCCGAUGGACAGCGCAGUUUGUACGCAACCUCGGGCGACAAUAGUCGUACAGCAACCGUCACUCAGCCUGGACUACUCGUCGGUGGAAACGAUCCUGCUCAAGAAUGAGGGUGAUUUCAUCAGCGUUGAGCAGGGCAAGGAACAAUCGCGGAAGAAGAAACAACAACUGCAGCGAGAACAGCAGCAGCGGGACGAGAACAUGCGGCAACUGCUCGACGUCACCAACAACCUGACCCUGACGACGGAGGAGAUUAAGGACUUCGAGAUGAGAUACGGAAGUCCACACCACAGCCGGUCCCAAUCGGUCAAAACACCCGGCAGUCGAGCAUCGGGCCGUCCCAAUCAGCUUUGCCUGCCACAGCAACGAUCCAGGGUGGCAUCGAUGCCGAACACAGGCGUCGAGGAGGAGUACUAUCGAUUGAGGCAUUUUUCGAUCACCGGUAAAGGAGUGAUAAACCGGGGUGAUUCGCUCAAGAGUCGCCGCAGCAAAUCGAACAACAGCGUCGCCAGUUCCAAUUCCAGCACCGAGCACUUGACAGCCGUUGGUGCCGGUUCCGCCCGGACGUCAGCCACGUGCAGCCUGGCGUCCAGCAGGGAAAGCAGUACCUCCAACCCGGCUGCCGGUCCGUACAAAGUUCUGAUGCUGGGGGGAGCGGCCGUCGGAAAAAGCUCAUUAGUGUCACAGUUUAUGACGUCCGAAUACCUGCAUGCGUACGAUACCAGCAUAGACGAUGAAUCCGGAGAGAAAACGGUAUCCGUUCUGCUCAGCGGUGAGGAAUCCGAAUUGACAUUCAUCGAUCACAGCUACAUGGAGAUGUCGCCUGAAAACUGCAUGUCCUCGUACAAUCCACACGGAUACUGCGUAAUCUACUCGUCGGCGGAUCGAACCAGCUUCCUGAUCGCCGAACAGGUCCUCCAGAUCCUGUGGACAACGGAGAACAUUGCCCAAAAGGCGGUGAUCCUGGUGGCGAACAAGGCCGACCUGGCCCGAAGUCGGAUGGUCACCUCCGAUGAGGGCAAGCAGAUGGCAACGCAAUACGACUGUAAAUUUAUCGAAACGUCCGUCGGAAUCAAUCACAACGUGGAUGAAUUGCUGGUGGGUCUGCUCUCGCAAAUUCGACUGAAGCUGGAGAACCCGGAAAAGUCUCGGGACCUCUUCCGCAAGCGAUCGAUUCGCAAGUCCAAACGACGUGCCUGUUCACCGCUGGGCGGUGGCAUCUGCCUAUCGGGCAUGGGCGGCGGGACCAAUCCGAGCACCCCGGUUUCCGGAACACCGGUCGCCGGCGGAGGCUUCGUCGAAACUCCACCCGGCAGUGCCCACAGCAGUCCCCGCAAGUACCGUGGCUCCCGAACUUCGGCCAGUCUGAAGGUGAAGGGACUGCUCGGCCGGGUCUGGGCCCGCGAUUCCAAAUCCAAGAGCUGUGAAAAUCUGCACGUACUGUAAGUUGAGUCGGAUCAAGAGAGUUCCAUCGUGCGUCAUUCUAAAACUACAAGUACUACUACUCGAAUACGGGAAAACUGUUUAAAAUGUAAAAUGUAGGUCCUUAGAAAUUCAGUUCGCGGAACGAUAUUUUACUCUUCAUAGCGUUAAACAAUGCAAAACUGUCAGUCCUCGAAAGUCGAAUGCACAUUUAUUUUUUAGGUGUACGUGGAACACAGAAAA